AUGACUCUGCAAUGUCAGCAUUGCUACCUUCAGUUCCUGACUGGAGCGCACACGACAGAGGACAAUCGCAGUAUACGAACACCGGGUAAAGAGGCUUUACCCAGAGCCACAGUGAGAGUAACCCCAGAAAGAUCUGUGUUCACUGGAGAGACAGUCACUCUGAAAUGUGAGAUAGAGAAUCAGUACAGAUCAUUAAACUGGAGAUAUCAGUGGUAUAAAGACACAAAGUUUUACAGUUCCACUGUAUACAGCGACUCUCUCACUAUCAAUGGAGUUACUGAAUCUGAUCAGGGCCGGUUCAGCUGUAGUGCAGAGAUACACGGACGACCAAAGACUUCACUAUCAAGCUCUGCUGUUGAUCUCAAUGUGAAGGCUUUACCCAAGGCUACAGUAAAAGUACCAGACAGCCCUGUGUUCACUGGAGAGACAGUCACUCUGAAGUGUGAGAUAGAUCAGUACAGAUCAUUAAACUGGAGAUAUCUGUGGUAUAAAGGUAGAACUGGGACUGCAGUGUUUAAGGGAAACAUCUACACCAUCAGCUCACCAUCAGAUCGGGAUGAGUUCUGGUGUAGAGGAGAGAGAGAUGGACGACCCUCAUCCUCACAGGACAGUGAUCAUGUGACUCUCUCUGUUAAAGCUUUACCCAGAGCUACAGUGAGUGUAACACCAGACAGAUCUGUGUUCACUGGAGAGACAGUCACUCUGAAGUGUGAGAUAGAGAAUCAGCACAGAUUAUUAACCUGGAGAUAUCAGUGGUAUAAAGGCACAACAAAAGCCUCUAAGUUUCAGCAUUACACUGUAAACAAAGACUCUCUCACUAUCAAUAGAGUUCCUGAAUCUGAUCAGGGUGAGUUCAGCUGUAGUGCAGAGAUACACGGACGACCAAAAACUUCGCUAUCAAGCUCUUCUGUUUAUCUAAAUGUGACGGCUUUACCCAAAAUUACAGUGAGAGUAACCCCAGACAGAUCUGUGUUCACUGGAGAGACAGUCAAUCUGAAGUGUGAGACAGAGGAUCAGUACAGAUCAUUAAACUGGAGAUAUCACUGGUAUAAAAACACAACAAAAAUCUCUAAGUUUCAGCAUUACACUGUAAACAGAGAGUCUCUCACUAUCAAUGGGGUUACUGAAUCUGAUCAGGAUGAGAUCAACUGUGGAGCAGAGAUACACGGACGACCAAAGACUUCACUAUCAAGCUCUGCUGUUCAUCUCACUGUGAAUGCUUUACCCAGAGUUACAGUGAGAGUAACACCAGACAGAUCUGUGUUCACUGGAGAGACAGUCACUCUGAAGUGUGAGAUAGAGGAUCAGUACAGAUCAUUAAACUGGAGAUAUCUGUGGUAUAAAGACACAACUGGGACUUCAGUGUUUGAGGGAAACAUCUACACCAUCAGAUCACCAUCAGAUCAGGAUGAGUUCUGGUGUAUAGGAGAGAGAGAUGGACGACCCUCAUCCUCACAGGACAGUGAUCAUGUGACUCUCUCUGUUAAAGCUUUACCCAGAGCUACAGUGAGUGUUACACCAAAAAGUCCUGUGAUCAUUGGAGAGACAGUCACUCUGAAGUGUGAGAUAGAGAAUCAGGACAGAUCAUUAAACUGGAGAUAUCAGUGGUAUAAAAACACAACUGCAGUGUUAAACUUUGGGCAAUACACUAUAAACAGAGACUCUCUGACUAUCACUGGAGUUACUGAAUCUGAUCAGAAUGAGUUCAGCUGUAGUGCAGAGAUACAUGGACGUCCAAAGACUUCACUAUCAAGCUCAUCUGUUCGUCUUACUGUUAAAGAAAGACCAACACCUGAAGUGUCUGUUUGGCCUGGUGAAGAUGUAUACAAAGGAGAAACUGUCAAUCUCACAUGUGUCAUCAAUAGAGGAGUCGUCAGCAGCUGGCAGUACAGCUGGCAUAAAGAUUCAUCAUUUGACAACAUGAGUGACCUUCAGAAUUACACAAUCAGAUCUGUUACGGAGUCUGACGCAGGUAAAUACACCUGUAGAGGAAAUGAGACCAAUGGACCACAAUACUCAGACAUCAGUGAUGCAGUUACACUGACAGUAUCAGAAAGACCAACACCUCAAGUGUCUGUUUGGCCUGCUGAUCAUGUAUUCAGAGGAAAAGCUGUCACUCUUACAUGUGUCAUCAAUGGAGGAGGAGUCAGCAGCUGGGAGUAUAGCUGGUAUAAAGAUUCAAUCAUCCAGCAGAAUAAACUCCAGUAUUACACAAUCAGACCUGUUACUGAGUCUGACGCAGGAAACUACACCUGUAGGGGAAAUUAUAUCAAUGGAUUACGAUACUCACACAUCAGUGAUGCAGUUACACUGACAGUAUCAGAUAAACCACAGACAGUUUUAAGUGUUUCUCCACAGCAGUGGUUGACUGAAGGAGAUUCAGUGACUCUGAUGUGUGAGGUUAUAAGUUCAUCUACAGGCUGGACAUUCAGCUGGUUCAUUGUACAGAUGAAUAAAGAUGUUGAUUAUGAGCUGGUGUCAGUCAGCAGUGGAGGAUCUAAAGGCAUCUACACGGUGAGUUCAGUGAAUAUGAAGCACACAGGAGUUUAUAUGUGCAGAGCAGAGAGAGGAGAUCCAGUCUAUCACACAGAGUACAGUAACGGAAAAAUACUGUGGAUCACUGGUGUUUCUCCUUCAGUCUCUCUGAUCAUCAGACCCAACAGAUCUAAACACUUCUCAUCUGAAUCUCUCUCUCUGAGCUGUGAGGAUCAAAGUAACUCUACUGGAUGGACAUUGAGAAGAUACACAGACGAACUGGAAUCUUGUUCAUUAUCAGACAGGAGAUCUACACGAACAACAUCAACAUGUACAAUCAGAUCUCUCCACACAUCUGAUACUGGAGUGUACUGGUGUCAGUCUGAAUCUGGAGAGAAACUUCAUCCUGUUAAUAUCUCAGUACACUAUGUUGAUGUGAUUCUGGACAGUCCUGUUCAUCCUGUGACUGUAGGAGAUAAUCUGACUCUACACUGUUUAUAUCGAUAUAAAAAACCCUCUAACCUGAGAGCUGAAUUUUAUAAAGAUGGAUCAGUGGUGCAGAUUACAGGAGACAUGAUGAUCAUCCCUACAGUCUCAAAGUCACAUGAGGGUUUCUACUACUGUAAACACCCAGAGAGAGGAGAGUCUCUAAAGAGCUGGAUCUCAGUCAGAGAUACACCAACUAUGACUGUGCAGCCACAGACGUCUGUGUUCAUUGGAGACUCAGUUACUCUGACCUGUAAGAUGUCUCAGUCCACUGAAUGGGAGUUUAUCUUUAUCACACCAUCAAACACUCAAUCCACUAUAACUACAGGAACUACAACAAUCAGAUCUGUGCUAGUCUCUGAUGGAGGAGAGUACAAGUGCAGAGCCAGAAGAAGAGAAAACCAUCAGAUUUACACACAAUACAGUAAACCAGUAAAAGUGACAGUGCAGAAUAUAACACCAACUCUGACUGUGCAGCCACAGAUGCCUGUGUUCAUUGGAGACUCAGUUACUCUGAUCUGUGAGGUUCAUCAGUCCACUGGAUGGGAGUUUGUCUUUAUCACACCAUCAAACACUGAAUCCACUGAAACUACAGGAACUAAAACAAUCAGAUCUGUGCGAGUCUCUGAUGGAGGAGAUUACAUGUGCAGAGCCAGAAAAAGAAGAAACCCUCAGGUUUACACACAAGACAGUGAACCAAUAACAGUGACAUUACAGAAAAGACCAACACCUCAAGUGUUUGUUUGGCCUGCUGAUCAUGUAUACAAAGGAGAAACUGUCAAUCUUACAUGUGUCAUCAAUGGAGGAGGAGUCAGCAGCUGGCAGUACAGCUGGUAUAAAGAUGAUUCAGACAUCCAGCAUUAUGAAGAGAUUUACACAAUCAUAUUUUUUAAUGAGUCUCACACAGGUAAAUACACCUGUAGAGGAAAUGAGACCAGUGGAUCACGAUACACACACAUCAGUAAUGCAGUUACACUGACAGUAUCAGGUGAGUCUGUUUAUCUGUAUUCAUCAUCAUCCACAAUAUAA